AUGUUUGUUGGCAUUUUAAAAACGCUGCUUAAAAUUACGAUGCCUAGGGCCGGCGGAACCCUCAUUGCCCAAUUCCGCACAGGCCCUGCCCAACACUUCGGAUACGGCCAUGGAACUCCCACAAAAGUCUUGGGCCCAUCAUGCCGCUGCCACGGGCAACGUAAAAACCCCUCCGGGAAAACAAGAAACCCAUCUCGCUACCACUUUUUAAGCGGGAAUCAGCCCAUAGUUCGUUAUGUCACCCCGCUUUUGGUUCACGCAGGCACGCAAACCAUUCCGUCCGAUACGCAGCAUGGUUUGCACACGGCGAUGGCCCACCAGGGGGCGCCCGCAGAAGCACCAUGGCAUAACCCUGCUGCAAUCCAUGCGGGCGAUUCUUUAAGCCACGGUGGCGCCGCCCGAAGUUCAAGAGGUCAUAUGCCUUUUUGCCGAUACAGCACUGAGGGCAAAAAAGGGUUCUGGGAGCACAAAGCGAUGGGGCGCGCCUCAACACCCCUCCCAACAACGGAAAAAAAUUAG